UCCCUUCCCAUCUGUCCCAGUUAUCCGCUCUAGCCCACACUCUCUCCUCUCGGCUUAUUGAAUUUAUUCCUCUGCUUUCCUUUGCUCUUUCUCUCUCUACUUUGAUGUCUCUCCUCUCCCAUCCCUGACCCCUCUCUGUGCCUUGACUACCAAUUUUUCACCCCUUUGGCUUUGUUGUCCUCUUCCCCCGUCUUCCAUGCCCUUUUACCGCGGUGCCUUGUAAGGAGCUGGAUCACAAGCUGUCAGCACUGGAAGGAUAUUUUUUUUUAGGGAAAGGGGGGGGAUAAAACCAAGCAAGAGACUGGAUUGUUGGUGUAACACAGAUUCCUGCAGUUCUGGGAUCUCAUAGCCGAAAUUCUUUUUUCUAAUUAAUAAUGUAUUCAUGAGCCUAAUGAUGAGAUGCAUCUGGAAAGUGCAUUCGGAUUACGCAGAGCUCCCUGAAGAUUUCGCUGCUGAGAGCUGGAGGGUCUGAGAGCAAACUCCAAGACAAACCAGGAGGAAAGUGGUUAUUUGCUGAGAAUGCAGAACAGGCGAUGAAAAAGAUCCUCUGACGACAAGACAAUCUAUCUACGAUGCAUGUGGUUACUGCAACCGUUGCCUGCACUUCGCCUUCCCUGCAUCCGUCUCCUGGUGUUAGUCCUCUCUAGGGUUUCCAUUCAUUCACAUUACAACUCUGAUUUAUUUUUGCAUUGUCUUCAUGGACCUCAUUGUUCCAGUGCAUAGGUCAUCAUUGUAAAGGCUGCACAGAACUUGCUUUUUUAAGAAGUGACCUAGAAUCUGGAGAAGCCAAGACCUAGCCUCUAGCAAUUCCUCCAUAUACAUGUGUAUGGGAAUAGACCUGCAGUGUACAAGUGAUCCCAACAGAUUUCUUCUCAAUGGUCUACGACACCAGCUUGUUCCCCCAGGAGCUGACAGAGGACUAUUCGGACAUCUCUGCGGUGAACGCGAGUGCAUACCACUUUAAGAAGUGAUGUUCAUCUCCUAAAAACCUGCAAGAAGAGAAGGACUGCACUUUACAAAUAGGCACCCCACCAGGAUCCGGUUACACACCACACAUGGAGAACUUAAUCAUCUGGAUCAAGUGCUUCAUCAUGAAUAUAUAAACAGUGGAAGCUAAAUAAGGAGCACGCUGGGAAAACACAACCUCCUCACCUUGUCCUAUCCAUCAUGUUUGCUUCUUGACCCCUCUUGUUAUCUGACUUUCUUCACAACUUUAGUUCUGCUUUGCAAGUUCCCCCAUGGCUUUGCUCUUUUGUCACCUUUCUUAACCUCUUCAUCUAUAUCGUUGACGGGGAGCGCCCUCCUACAACUUUGUAUAUUUCAUUGCCACUAUAAACAGUCCUGUUAUUUUCGACAAGGCGCUUUAUAUAGUUUUUGGGUUUUAGCCAUAAUGUAAAAUUAUAAGCCAAAUAAUGUUUAGUUCUUAUGGUUACAUUGUGAUGAAAUCCUGAGCUACAUGUAAUUACCGAGACUUCUAGUACCGUUGAGUCGUAUAGAGAGUCUUGUGGAUGUUAAAGCUUUUUGAUAAGUCCCUGUAACUCCUUAGUGUCAUAUUUUAUUUCCCAAGACAUCACAGAUCUCCUUAUUCUAUAGAUGACAGAAUGUAUAUGUAGAAAGAUAUUAGCAUAGGAAUCGUUUUGGAUAAACCUAGUCUAUAGUUCAGAAUCAUGGUGAAGGGUCACAAUCGAUGGGGUCAUGUCAGAUGUUUUCUCUACGGCAUGAAUUACUUGAAUACGCUUUAUACCUAUUGAUUUGCCAUAGUUAAUUUUUGUGGUUUCUUCCUCAGCACUCUGUCCUCUUUACAGAAACUGUGCAAGGGGCUAGAAUAUCUUUCGAUACCUCCUGCCGAGACGGUCAUGUUGUCUCUAGAUGGGGCUACCCUACUGAGGAUCACAAUCAUUAAUUAUUAGACGAAUUCUAAUGGGUCGUGUUAUCAGCUGUAAUGUAGCAUGGGGGCAUAUUGAAUGUUAAUGUGAAUUCUGUUGAGAUUUUCAAUUUCGAGCUUGUCUUUUUCGGGACUUGAGUAUUACUAAAGACUUUAUAAUUAUGGAUAAGUUCUUUGGCUCUGUUAGGAAUCGGCUUUCUCAGCUUUAAUUAAUUUGUGCUGACAUUUUUGCCGGAGCUGCUCGGAAUUGAAGAGAUGCAAUACUAGAUAUCUGCCCUUCUUUGUUUGCUGUUAAUGACCAUCUGGUUAUCUCUUCCUGACUGUCCAUGGCACCGUGCCAUUGAUCUAAAGGGGUCAUGCUGAAUGUGGAUGUCUCUGCUUCCACUUUGACCUAUGAGGAAACAAGAUAUCAGCAGUAAAAUGGAAAGUUUUUAGGAGCCAAACUCCAUGAUCUCUUUUGUAGUGAAGCUUUGCGUUUCUCUGAAGGCUUCAGUCAUGAUCCAGCCUUGGAUGGUGGAGCAUAACCUUUCCCCCAUAUGGUGAAACCUGUUAAGCCCUUAUUGUAUGUUUUGGCAUUGCUUUGCUAUUUCGAGAAGUAUUUUUGUACUUUUGUGUUGCCUUUGUAUCUAAUACUUGUGAGAGAGAUAACAUGAAAGACGGCCCAGGGGUAUGUGGAAACUCAACCACUAAUUAGUGUGGGCUGUCAAUCGCUAGCCGGGGGACGCACUACAGACUACUGCAGGAGAUCAAAGGCGGUAAUGAUAAGAAUUUGAUCGCACUAAAUACAGAAAUGUUAUUUCUCUGGUAACCUAAAUAUAUUCACUUUUGUAAUAGGUAUAAUUCCUGGCUCUUUUCCCUUAAAGCGUAAGCUCCCUUGCACAGUAAGACGAUUAUGUGGCGCACUGACUCCUAUAAGGCAUUCUCUGUACAUUACUUGCUGGGACUUAUUUCGAAAUGUUUUGGAGCGAAAAUAUUCAUAUAGGAACUCUCGAUCAAGACGUAUUUAAGAAAAAUUUGAAAUAUGCAUUCAUAUAUAUAGGAUUCUGAGCUCAGCUACUGUGGACUGUGACGUGGACAGAAUUGAAGUGACUUUUCUUUAGUAGGAUUUAGGCCUCCAUCAGAGAAGAUGCAAACGUCCAGUAGUGAUGACCCCAGUUACAGUCAGAGCUCUCCACCGCGGGGCCGCAAAGCUCGAUGGAAAGGAGUUUAUAGGGGCCGUUGGGGGGUUGCGGACAGUUGUUCCUUCAGUGGGGUACAGUCUAUUCCUGAAGAACAAACCUCAGGGCAGACCAAAAAGGAGAACCGAGUUAUUGUCCUGUAUCUGGAUCUGUCUUUUCUUUUGCUUCUAGAACUCAAGAAAAUGAGUAUGACGCGUGGGUGCCUACUGUGCAUCAAAAUCACCAUGUUCAUCUUCAACCUCAUCUUCUGGCUUGGAGGAUGUGGAAUCCUUGGAGUUGGAGUCUGGUUGGCUGUUACCCAGGGAAAGUUUGCCACCCUCUCCAUUUCUUUCCCGUCACUUUCAGCUGCCAGCCUCUUCAUGGUGACAGGAUCGGUGAUAAUGGUGGUGGGCUUCAUUGGGUGCCUCGGUGCUGUGACAGAACACCGGUGUCUUCUCCUUACAUUCUUUGUGGUCUUACUGAUCAUCUUCCUCCUUGAAAUAAUCAGCAUGGUGCUAUUCUUCACGUACAAUGACAAUUUUCACAGAUAUGCACAAGAGGACUUAAAGAAAGGACUGGCGCUUUAUCAGACGGAGGGGAAUCUUGGUUUGACCAACGCGUGGGACAUCGUACAGACCGAGUUCCGAUGCUGUGGAGUGAAGAAUUACACCGACUGGCUCGAAAUGCGCAAUAGCUCACUUGUGCCCCACUCUUGCUGUAUGGAACACAGCGCUUCCUGCCAAAGCAACCCGAGCACCUGGUGGAAAGAUCCCUGCUACGAGAAAGUGAAGCGAUGGGUCGCGAGUAACAUUUCUUCGGUUGGGAUCUUCGGCAUCUGUAUCCUCAUUGUGCAGGUGUUCGGUUUGAUCUUCUCCAUGUUGAUGUACUGCCAAGUUCUCAAGGCGGAAAAGUAUUAUGAAUAAUUCCAGGCGUUGCGAAGGAGUCUUCGAGAUGGGCCCCUUGCUGUUCUUCCAUGUGCUGGUAGGAUUGCUCAUAUCCAACCAACUGGAUGAAGGACUAUCUUCAUGGCUACCUGGAACCGCGAGGCUGAAUUUUGCAUUGUCUCUCUCCGCAAGGGCCAGUGACUGUUCCACCUUCUACCCUGAACUAUGAAUGAAGUUCUGGACUUUGUGCAGCUCCAUUCUUACCCUAUAACAAUAAGCACAUGAUAUCAGCUUUUAUAAUGCGGCUCCAACAUGUACAUAGAGCUUCAGGACUUUAAGAGGAGGUAAAAGGGCUUGUCUUCUCCUUUUUUUUUUAAAGCACCAAAGCCAUUAAAUGGACCCCCAUCCCCCCACGCCACAGAUAUGCGGAUCCGAUGUGGUUUGAAAAAAAUGCCCAAAAUGACCUACACGGCAUUACCACCCGGCAUCUUAUGUAGAAAUAGCACAAUGCUUUCAGUCUUAAAUCUAGAAAUAGCUUCAUGCUGCGGUGAUAAACACCAGGGCCCCGUGACUAGGCUCAGCUGACUGCAGAGAAAGUGUUUAGAAUGGUUUGCAGUGGCUAUUUUUGUUCUUUUUUUUUUUUAAUCUACCAGUAUAUAUAUCUAUGAGAUGCGCAAUUUAUGGACUAAAAUAUAGCAACUGGUCAGUGCCAUAGCAACUGUAAUGGGGUCAUCGGGGGGG